AUGAACAUAUAUAAACAACUUACACUAAUAAAUAAACAUCAAAUACUUUCAUUUCAUAUAUGUCCAUCAUUAGAAAGUAGUGAAUUAUUAAUCUCGUCGUAUCUCAUUGAUUCGUCACUAGAUCGUCUUGAAUCUCUUGUUCUUAUAGGAUUCGAAACAACCAAACUUCUUUCACUUCUUUUGAAGUUAACUUGUCUACCUCGUCUUUUUUCAUUAACAAUCUAUAUAUUUGAUACAUUAGAAGAGUUCAGUGAAAUCUAUCGUUUAAUUUUUGUGUUACCAAAAUUGAAAUAUAUUAAAUGUUCAUCAAGUGAAUUUCGAGUAUCUGUUUCAUUACCAAUUGCUACCAAUCAAGAAUUUAGCACCAUUGAACAUAUUGUUAUUGAUCAUAGCUGUACAUUGAAUGAAUUUUAUAUUAUUGUAUCUUAUUUACCUCAACUUCGUCGUUGCCAUUUUGAAGAGAUAUAUGAUGAUAAUCAGAUAAAUAUUCAUACUAUAUUACAAAUUAGAUUAUUCAAUUUAACAUAUAUUUCUCUAAACGGCUGUUUUAUUAAAUUUGAUGUAUUCGAACAAUUAAUUAGAAAAAUCGAGUGUCAAUUAAAAGUUUUACAUGUUAUUAAUAAAUGUGAUAAUGAUGAUUAUCUUGAUGCUAAUCGAUGGAAAACAUUGAUAUUAGAUUAUUUACCUUAUUUAAAAGAAUUAUCUCUCGAAUGUUAUAAAAAUAUUAAAAAAGAAUCUGGAAUUCGAAUCGAUUUUGAACGUGCUAAACCAUUUACUUCAUUGUUCUGGAUUGAACGAAAAUUAAUAUUAGAAAUUCAAGUCACUUUUUACCAGAUCAUUUAUUCAAUUCGUCCAUUCAAAAAAAGAUGGUAUAAUAUCAAUUCUUUUAUAGACUUUUCCAAAUGUACUCAUUUGACUAUGAAAUCUGUUCCUUGUGAUGAAUACAUCGAAUCCUUUUUGAGUUCUAUUUGUACUGUUUUACCAGUAACAGAUAUUUAUCAUUUGGAUACUUCUAAUGAAAGAAUUAUAUCAAGUUUAUUAUUGAAAAUUCUUAAUGUAUUACCUGAACUUGAUUCAUUAAAAAUAUGUUAUUUAUCAAUAUCACAAGCUCGACAUUCAUUUAUUGAUGAUCAAAAUUUUCGUUUGGUAUCAUAUCAAAAUAAGAUUACAAAAGUUUAUCUUGCAAAUGUGAAGAAAAGUGAAGAAGUUUAUUUUCUUCUUAAUCUUUGUCCUCGUAUGCAAUAUCUUAAAGUGAAUUUUAUUUAUGAUAUUGAUCAUAAAUUGUUCGUCAGAAAUUUUUUAAGAACAAUAAAUAGUAAUCGCCAUCAACAUCUUCAAUCAUUAUAUUUUCAAGUACCAAAAAUAGAUGUUCAAAUAAUUAAUGAAUUAGAAGAAAUGAUCAAUCAUGAAAAAUUACUUCGUCAUUUUACAAUAAAGCGUAUACUUAAUUAUAUCCAUUUAGAAUGGAAAUUAUUAUAA